UCGUUCACCAGAGUGAUGAUCACGAUCGAACCUCUGAUGAAUGAGAAUGCCUCUUAUCAGAUCUCCGAUCUGAGUAUUCUCCUGUGAAGUUUUGGAGGUUUUAUUAUAGAAAUGGUCCCUAAAUGGCCCUGAGCCAAUAAACAAACACACAGGAAAUUGGCCCCUACUGUGACAACUGUGCAAUUAGCAGGAGAUGCAGAGCAGGGGAUAAUCAUGCCAAACAUUCCUUAAACUAGGCAUAAGUGAGUCAGUGAGUGAUAAGCAUAGAAAGCAAUUGACUAAAUUUAGUCUCAUCUCAUUGUUUAGAGAUAGAAACGGGUAGAUACACCAACACAAUUAGAGAAAACAGAACCUGCAAGUUAUGCGCAUAGAAUACGGUAGAAGCUGAAUAUCAUUUUAUGUUAUGCUGUAAGCCUAUAAAUAACAACUUAGAAAUCAAUUUUGUAUACGAGCCACCGAGCCGACAAUGUCAAAAUUUGAAUACCUCACUUAUGUCCGUUGAAAAUGAGAACAUUUGUAUACCAUGCUAUAAAACACAGAGAAGAGGUGUUAAUUGUUUUAGUUGCUUCGUUAAGAAAUUAGUUGUUCAGUGGUCUUCUAUUAAUUAGCUUCUAUUGUGUAUGUAUUUUGUAUAACUUCAUUCAGUAUACUGACAAAUAAAUGUUAGGAUUAUCUUAAAGAUAUAAUCUUGUGUGUGUGCGUGCGUGCGUGCGUGUGUGUGUGCGCGCGUGUGUGUGCGUGUGUAUGUGUGUGUGCGCGUGUGCGCGCGCUUGCGUGUGUGUGUGUGUGUGUGUGUGUGUGUGUGUGUGUGUGUGUGUGUGUGUGUGAUGUGGGUGUGUGAUAUGGGUGCGCGUGUGCGUUGUGUGUGUGUGGAUUCGCGUGUGCGUGUGGUGUAUGUGCGCGUGUUUUUGUGUGUAUUAUGUCUAUAGUAUCACUUUUAUACUUCCUAUAAUAAUGUGUGUAUGUUUUGUCAUUGCCAUAAAUGUGUAUAUCUUGUAUAUGGGUAUAGGCAGUAACAUGUAUUUCGAUCGCCAAUAAACUUUUAAACUUGAAUUAUUCCUUUCAAUCCAAUAUACAUUGUGGCUACGAACAAUACAAAACUCUCUCAAAACGUUGUAAUGGUAUUAAGUAAAUACGACAAUUUUAAUCUCUUUUAAGCAGUCUUAGAUUGCAGGUUUUCUGUGAAGGAGUUAAGAAUAUUUUCAAAAUGUCGGCCUACCCUCCAGGAGGCUUCGACCCCAACCAGGCUCCCCAACGAUGGCAGCCUGGGAUGGGCGGCCCAGCGCCUCAGAACCCCAACAUGCCCCAGAAUGAUAUGGAAGGGACGCAGCCGCCCCAGGGCUCCUAUGGGGACCCCGCCUAUCCGCCUAUACAAGGCUACGAGGGCGUCAAGUUCGGAUCCAUGAUGCCGAUGCCUCCCCCGCCCAUGCCCCAACAACCCCAGGGAGACCCGCCACCGCAGACGUUCACAGACAUGGCGAACCUAACGGAGGAGGACUGUCGUCAGGCAAUGAUCCAGUUCGUGAGCGAGAACUGUUGCUAUGGCAGCAAACCAGCCAAGGAAAUGAAGAUAACCAAGUUCACCGGCAUCACCGCCAUGCAUUACGUGUUGGAGACGUUUGCCGAGGGUCGCUCAACAGGCAGCGCGAAUGAGCCGUACAGGGGAGGGCCGAUAGACGGACCUCAGAACGGAAUGGCGCCGCCGCCGUGGUCCAUCCCCUGCCAGCCCCACCAGACUUUCCACGACCACGACAUCAAGAUAGAGGUUCCCCACACCUCUGUCGUCAGUCCCUGCCAGGCGUGUGAAGCCCGGGGCUGGAACUAUUGUUGGCGGUGCAGCGGGCGUGGUCGGAACCGCUGUAACUCGUGCGGGGGAGACGGCAAGCGAAUGGAGUAUGACGCCCACCGCCAACAGCACGUCAGGCGCACCUGUCACCACUGCCAUGGUGACGGAAGAGUUCGUUGUCACACGUGCGGCGGAGACGGGCGGAUCACGUGCGACACAUGUGACGGCUUCCGGAUGCUGCGAUGCUUCAUCCUCCUCACCGUGAGAUACACGAACCAUAAGGAUGAUUACAUACUGGAGACAUCCGACAUGCCCGACGAGCUCGUUCGCACCGUCGGCGGCACCGUUCUAUUCGAGGAUACACAGCCAAUGGUGUGGCCGAUCCAGUCGUACCCUGUGCCGGAAGUCAACCAGAACUCCCAGCGGCUUGUCAGCUCCCAUCGCUCAAACUGGCCCUCUGAGAAGAAGCUCAGCCAGAGGCAGACGUUGCGCGGUGUGCCGGUGACGGAAGUGGCGUACACGUGGGACGACCAACAUCUUCGCUACUGGGUGUACGGCCGAGAGCGGCGUGUGCACUCCCCCGACUACCCACAGCAGUGUUGCUGCGGUUGCUCAAUCCUCUAGGACCGAUCGUCAAAAUCUUUGAAUUAUCAAUAUACCAUCAUUCAAUUGGAGUUCUCAUUCUUGUUGUGUCGGAAUGAAACCAAUGAUCGAACUUGAAUAUUCAAAUUACCUUAGAAACUCUAUUUCUUAAAAAAAACAAGCUGAAAACAUUGCAUUUAGGUUUUAUUUAAAAGAGAAAUAUGUAAUCUGCCUUGAUGUAUCAUCUGUAUUUUACAUUGUAAAACAAUGGUCUUUCGAUGAAUAAAGUGUUACUUGGC